UGAGGUGUGGCUUGUGAGGAGCCGCUGCCCUUCUUCUGGCCCCGGGGAGUCCGCCUCUCAGUGUCCGGAGGAUCAGCUCGGGGAGUCUGGGAGAUCUGUAGCCGCUGUCGGAGGUAAUACAGUGACCGAGGAAGGAGCGAGGAGACCGGGGAGUCACCAUGGGCGAGUACAAUGAGAAGAAAGAGACCUGUGGGACAAUAUGUCUGAAGUACCUGCUCUUCACUUUUAAUUUCUUUUUCUGGCUGGCAGGCCUUGCCGUCAUGGCCGUAGGAGUAUGGACAUUGGUCCAGAAAAGUGACUACAUCAGCCUCCUGCCGUCCAGCAUGUUCGCCGCCACUGCAUACAUCCUCGUCAUUGCCGGCGCUGUGGUCAUGGUCACUGGCUUCCUUGGAUGCUGUGCAACCUUCAAGGAAAGAAAAGGUCUCCUCAAAGUGUAUUUUAUCCUGUUACUCUGCAUCUUCAUCUUGGAGAUUCUGGCAGGUAUCUUGGCCUAUAUAUACUACCAGCAGCUGAAUGAUGAACUGAAGCAAAGCCUGAAGAACACUAUGACCAUGAAGUACAAGCAGCCAGGAGAGGACAGAGUCACCAGUGCAGUGGACAAGCUGCAGCAGGAGUUUAAGUGCUGUGGCAGUAAUAAUUCCCAGGACUGGAGGGAAAGUGCCUGGAUAAGGUCUGCAGAAUCAGAGGGGCGCGUGGUUCCCGACAGCUGCUGCAAGACUGUGACCACCAGGUGCGGGAUCCGAGACCAUCCCUCAAACAUCUACAAAGUCGAGGGCGGCUGCAUCACUAAACUGGAAGCCUUCAUCCGAUCCCAUCUGCUUAUUAUCGGAGCAGUGGGCUUAGGGAUUGGCUUUGUACAGGUAUUUGGAAUGAUCUUCACCUGCUGCCUCUACAAGAGUCUGAAGUCUGAUCCGUACUAAGAUGUCUAUGGACUUCUAUGAUUGCACUCAGUCUGUUGACCCAUCACAUCCUGCUGAGCUAAUAAGCUUCUGGGACAGCAAAAACUCAUGACAUCAGAAGCUUUCCAUCCCUAGAAUACCUGGCUGCCAAGCUUUUGUACUGUAUGUUAUCACAACUGCAUCAUCAGACUAUUAAUUUGUGCCAAGGUAACGAGUGUCAUGUCAGAAGCCAUAGUAUCUCAUGGACUAAUGCCUAAUGCCUUGAUUGAUCCUGUUGCUCACCUUCGUGUCUGAAAAAAGGUGGUGCGGUGGCACUGUCUUCAGGGUCCUUGAAUGUAAACUACUUCUCCUGCUGGAGAUGCACAUUCAUGGUCCCCUUACGUCAGCUCUGCCUUCUGAAAAUCACCAUCAUUGCCUUUAAAACCAAAUUGACAGCCAAAUAUGAAGCUAUGCAGAUGGUCUUUGACCGUCGUUUUCAGUCACCUAUCAACGCAGAAAAUAUUCUGUCCCUGACCAUGAGCAUACCUUAGUAUCACAUGUCAAAGUAUCGUUUUUAACAAGUAAUGGGCAUUUUUGAGAGAUUUUAGUUUUUCAUGCUUAUUUUUGUCUACGUAUUUUUAACCAGCUUUUACACUUUUGAUCUUAUAAAAUGUAUCACACUUGGCACUGCUUAAAGGGACAUUAAACCAAAUAUCCCA